AUUCUUAAAGCCAUUUCUUUAUAUUGUAUAACUCAGCAGGAGAGUAAUUAUGAUUUUCCGAUUGAGUAUUCUCGUUUUUUGUGUGGUUUUAUUUAACCUUUCUCAAGGUGCAAAACUAGAGAAAAAACCGGAAGUAGCUUCAGAAAAAUGCUUAGUAAGCGAUUGGAAAGAAUGGAACGAGUGUAAAUCAAAAAGUGGAAGUUCACUAAACAAACGUCUUACAACCAUUCAUUUAAAACCCGCUCAGUACGAUUCUGCAAGAGAAUGGAUGAAGCUUUCCAUGGCGGAGAAGGAAGAAUAUAUAAAAUAUCUAGAAAAAUGUAGAGCUGACGCAAGUUGUCCUAUGUUGAAUUUGAAGCCGUCAAAGGGAAGAGUAGACUGUGUAAAUGGAAUGGCAGGCGAAUAUCCUUGUAAACUUAUUGAUCAACUUUCGUUCGUCAAUUUGCGUGAUUUAGGCAGCACUGACCCGCGAAUGGAGGGUAAUGAUAUCUGGGGUUGGACUGAUCCUCAAACCAACGAUGAAUACGCAAUCGUCGGUGUCACUGAUGGAACAUCUUUCGUUCGAGUAACAAAUCCUGAAGAACCAAAAGUCUUGGGUUUCCUUCCAACAAGAACAACUAGAAGUGAUUGGAGAGAUAUGAAAGUGGUUAACAAUCAUGCUUACAUUGUAUCCGAGGCACCCGAUCACGGUUUACAAGUUUACGAUCUCACGCAACUUAGAGGAAAAGAAACUUUUACCGUGCUUGAACCAACUGCAAUCUACAGUGAAUUUGGCAAUGCUCAUAAUAUUGUUGCCAAUGAAGAAUCAAAUACUGUCUUUGUUGUUGGACAAAACAAGGGUAAUUACCCUAACCUCUGUGCAGCUGGCUUACACAUGAUUGAUGUUUCUAAACCUGCUGAACCAAAAUUUUUGGGUUGUUUCAGUGAAGAUGGCUACGUUCACGAUGCACAGUGUCUUUUCUACCAUGGUCCAGAUGCUGAAUAUAGAGGCAAAGAAAUAUGCUUCUGCUAUAACGAAGAUACUCUAACUAUCGUUGAUGUUACUUCUAAAACUGAUGCUAAAUUGAUAUCCAAAGUUUCAUACACCGGAUAUAGAUAUACUCAUCAAGGUUGGUUGCUAGAAGACCACUCCGCUUUAUUGAUGGAUGAUGAACAAGAUGAAAGUAAUGGAUCGGGAGAUGGACGAACCAUUACUUAUUUCUGGGAUGUCAAAAGUUUGAAAAAUCCUGUUCUUAUGAACACUUAUAUUUCUAGCGAAAGAGCUAUUGAUCACAAUCAAUACAUCCUUGGUAAUUACACGUAUCAAUCUAAUUACGAAGCUGGUCUACGUAUUCUUGAAAUUAACAAGCCUGACUGGACUUUAGAAGAGGUUGCCUAUUUCGACGUCAUGCCAAAAGAGAUUGGAGAAGUAAAAUUCCAAGGAAGCUGGAGUAAUUAUCCUUAUUUCAAAAGCCGAAAUGUCAUCGUUAACUCUAUCGAAUUUGGCUUAUUUGUAGUUCGACCAAGGUACGAUGAUUUGCCAAAAUCAAAAGAAACAGGUGAACAAAUAAGAACCAGAAACAUUUUAGACGCCUCACAUGCCAAAUUUUGUCCUCAUCUACUCGAAAGUAGAGAGUGUAAACCCUAAAGUUACUGAUUAUAUUACUCCAUCAGUGAAAGAACGCUAUAUUUCAUUUUUUUCAAAGUCAUUUUAUUAAGAAAACGUUCUAGAGUACGUUACUAUAAAUAAUUCAACCUUUUUCUAAAGAUGAAAGUUAAAAUACAGAUGAAACACAGUUAAUAAAAAGAAGCAUUCUUUAAUUCUUUAAGAAUUUCCUACAUAUAAUAUGAAUGAACAACCAGAAAUAAACAUAAACAUUGAUAGUAGUUUCUUUAAUAAACACUUUAAAUAUUACGUUCAUUAUAGAUUAUCUUUAUUUAUUAUUGCGCUGUUAGUUAUGUUUCGAACGUUAAUUUUACAAUCUAUAUAUAGAGGUAGAAGACGUAAAAUUGCGGAUAAAAUAUAAUCUCUUAGCAAAACAGACAUGUAUAUAUAAGGAAUAAUUCUUCAUUUUGCAUCAAAAUAGCAACCUUCCGUUAUAUAGAUGAGUAUUAGUAUCUAUUAUUCGCACCAAAAUACAGUUUUAAAUUUCAAUAUAUACCAUUGCUGUUAUCUCUUAAAAAAGAUCUUGACAUUUCAACACUACACCUAGGUGUUAAAGUACCCAUUUCCAUUGGAGAAGAAUUAACAAAAGAAAUAAAAUAGUGCUACUAAGAGUUAAUUAACCAUCUUAUCGCUGUAACAAAUAAAUUGCUAAUAGGAAUAGUAAAAAUCGAUAUAGUUUAAAUUCUUUCCUUUAGAAAUAUCAUCUCUCAACAUGGAUGGAAAAAAGUAGCAGUUCUAUGCUGUUUUUUCUUCUUAUUUCCUUCUAUAGAAUCCUAAUCUUAUGAGGUUUGAAGCAUGCAAAAAAUUGUUCUAAAUACAUGACAAGAAUCAAACAAGAAUACGAUCAUUUCAAAAGUAUUAUAAUUUUGAAAGGAGUACUGUCAUGUGUUUUAUUGAUCUUAUCAUUUCAUAUACUAUAUACUGUAUUCUGUUAAAUUCAAUACUAAAAAGAAUACUGAAUCUUAAAUGUCGAAUUCGACAUUAUAUAAGAAUAAAAAGCUAUUGAAAUUAUAUCAAACCUCUUGGUAUCUAAUGCAUAAAAGAGAAGAAACUAAAUUUGUUUCUU